CUAUAUCAGAAUGGAGGACCUUAUCUUGGUGUCCCUGCACCAUAUUUCGAAAGGCGGCUGGCAGCCUCAGCUACGUCUACGCACUGCAUUGAGUGAUAUUCAACUUCGGCGCCUUCAACCUCAAGCCUCGCUUUCCAUCGCAUAUUGAAGCACGGAAUUAAUACCCCACCAGGAUGGUACCAUGACCGGCGGUUCGGCUCAGGUGUUAAAACUCGCUUCAUAUUUUUUUUUUGCUUUUCGAUGUUUUCUUGAGAUGUUCUAUGGAAUGUUAGACCGCUAUAGAAGUACGCGACAUGUAUUUUUCUUUCAGGCUACUAGAUUCAAGUUGAUACUAAUGCGUGGGCUUUCAGGUUCACGAUUGGGCCGAUCUUUUUUGGUCUCAAGUAUGAUCACUCUAUGCUGUACACAAUUAUUUACCCAUCGUGUAGUGCAGCACGUUCAUUGGUAUUACUUUAAAACUUAUGCGUGCCAUUGCGUGGACAUCAAAGGAAAAUAUGGUCAUGCGAAGGGGUCCAUGCGCCGCAGGCCGCGGGAAAGCUGCGAAGGGCUUGCUCUCUCGGAAAUCGGAGGUCUCGGGAAGGGGUGCGAAGGGGUUGACGGAGUCCUGUGUAUCGCGACAAGAUGUGCUUAGGUGCAAUAACAAGUGAGUUGUGUUGCCGUGAUUCUGUACUAAUUUAAGCUUCAGUGGAAUAUUAUGCUUUAUCAUCCACAACCACGCAA